AUGUCCUCCGAACGCUCUAUAUCUGUGACCUCCUUGCACACCAUCCCAGAGUCCAGGCUGGAGCUCGAACUAGCAGAGGACGAACUCUCAUUCCCCACUUUCGAGAUAUCUCCGACCUCAAUGGCCUCGCCACGGUAUAGCUGGCUGCCUAAUAUCGUUCAGAGGAACUUGCCUUGGCGAGCGCCGGCUGGGAGCGUCAUGUCCAUGCCUGUGCCUGUGCUCGAAACUCCCGAGUCGUCUGUGCAGGUGCGCAGCUUGGCUGCCCUUCAUUCGACUCCCGAGAUGCUAGAAGCCGAGGACGAACCGCCGAUGUCGUCCGGUAUGAUUGGGUUCAGUGGGUACACGUAUCUGAGCAGCUCGACGGCGGACUACUACUCAUUGUCGCGACCCCUUCCGGUGCCACCGACGUGCUGA